AUGGCGACCCAAGUGGAGCCGUACUCUUGUUCCGUCUUCCGCAAACUGAGCUUGCUGGUCGAAGUUAUCACAGUGCGUCACAGAGUUGAAAUCUCGAAAAAUGUGGAAUCGGAACGUAAGCGACAGGGAGAUAUCCGCGGCUAUCAGAAGUUCCGCGACCUCAUCCUUCGUUACAAGAGCCCGCCAACACCCGCCUACAGGAAUGGAGCCGGAACAAGUGCAGCAACAGCUUCUCUCCCAUCGCGGCCCGUCGGCUCCGCAGGUUCCGCACGCAUCAACUUUCGUCCGUCUCCCUUCUACGAGAUCAAGCAGUUUGCCUCUUCCAUCGUGCAGUGCCCCGAGGCGCCCAACCAGAACGAUCGCAAGAACGUGCCACUCUUCGUCAAUCUCACUGCGGAACAGGUGCAGCAGCUCAAGACGCCAAGAUACCAAUUACGGCUCUUCUGCACCACUAUGGAGGCACACGCCGCAUCUUUGUCCGGCCGCAACCCUGCCACCGUCGAGUUCCCGCUUACCUGUGAAGCCAGAGUCAACACUCACGCGCUUUCCACCAAUCUGCGCGGAAGCAAGAAGCAGGCCGGUCGAGUCCCUCCGCCCAAUUUGAACAAGGACAACACACUGGUCCUUCAAGAGGGCCGUCCCAACCGCAUCGAUCUCACGUAUGCAAAUGCGCCUAAACGUCACGUGCUGGUCGCAGCCAUCUGCGAGGUCACCACGGUCGAGACGCUCGUUGAGCGAUUACGAUCCAGGCAAUUGCAGAGCAAGGAAGAGGUGCUGCUCAAGAUGCGAAGGGAAGCAGAGGAUGACGACAUCGAAGCGGGAGCGGCAACCAUGAGUCUGAAGUGUCCCUUCAGCUACAUGCGCAUCGUCACUCCGUGUCGAGGCAGCCACUGCUCGCACGUACAGUGCUUUGAUGCAUACAGCUUCUUCUCGAUCAACGAGCAGACCCCAUCGUGGUCCUGCCCCGUUUGCUUCAAGACGAUCAAACCGGAGGAUCUCAUGAUGGACGGCUACGUCGACGAUAUCUUGAAGAGGGUGCCGCAAGACGAGGAUUCGGUCAUCAUCGAGCCCGAUGGCUCGUGGCGAACCUCGGACGGCAAGAUCAGCUCGAGCGGGACGGCACAGGCAACACCAGCAGCGGACGUCGGCACACCGCUUGAAGAUCGGCUGCUGAGCCGCGACUCGGAGGACGUCAAGCCUGGGCACGGCAAAGCAAACGGAGCAAGGCGAGCAUCGCCAAACGAGAUAGUCUUGCUGGACAGCCCGUCACCACCUCCCACGGCGGGUCCGAGCGAUAUAGCAUCGACAUCCGCAGCAGCAGCGAGCACUUCGUCGACGACACAUCAGCCAGCUCUCAACGGAUCGGCUCCGCCACGAGUGGCGGCGUUGUCCGCACCGCGACACGAGCGCAUCGAAAUACUCAGCAGCAGCGCGAACACGAGUGCCCGCAACUCGCCCGCCGCAGGUGCAGGUGCGGGAGCGGGAGCAGGAGUCGUGAUCGACCUCACGCUCGACAGCGACGAUGAAGACAGCGAGCCCUCGGUGCCUACGCGGCCCGCACCAAGCAACGGUGCUCAACACCACCCGCUGCCUCCCAGACCCGCCAGCAGCAGUACGCUCAGCACUCACAACGCGAGCAGCGGUGGCGGCGGAAAUCGAGGGGCUGGGUUUACAGGCUACUCUUCCAACGCAGCAGGUACGCCGAACCGCAGCAGUGGUCCGUUCGCAGCAGCCAUGUCUCGCGUCGAAGCGACACCAGAGGACGAGCAGAUCCGCAGGCCAGGCAAGCGACCGCGCACCGAAGCGAUACCGACUCCGAGCGACCCUCGACUCGUGAAUGGACAACGAUCGGGCACGUCAGCAGCGGAGCAGGACAGGAGAACGUCGUUACCAGCGUCGUAUCUGGACGUCGGCGUCAAUGGAAGCCGUAGCAAUGGGAGCGGGCAGGGCGCAGCAAGCAAUUCUGGCAACGGUAUCAACACGAGCUCGACGAGAGGAACGUAUCGCGAGCCGACGUCAGCACGAGGCGCGGAUGCGGACGACUCAGGGGACAACUCGUGGAUGGACAACGCAAACACGAGCGAGCACGAGCAGUACAUCAACGAAGAAGACUGGUGGAACUGA